AUGUGUUGGGAAACUCCUGAGCUCAGGAAACNNNNACUCUACCCGGGCCUUGCGAUGUCGCGUUCCCUUGGUGACUCUGUUGGAGCUAGUGCUGGAAUUACAUACGAACCCGAGAUCAGAAUCAGGAAAAUCGAUCGAGCUCGAGAUCGAUUCGUGGUCCUGUGUAGCGAUGGUGUGUGGGAAUUCAUCACCAGUCAAAUGGCGGUAGAAUUAAUCAGUGAGUUGCUUCUAGCCUCUGUCGUGUGCAUGCGUGCAGUGGUAGAUCGUUACACCCCUGGAGAAGUUCAGACUGCGGCUGAGGCACUUGCCCAAGAGGCUUGGAAACGAUGGAUUCAAGAGGAAGGGAAUGUCGUGGAUGAUAUCACAGUCGUUGUCGCGUGGUUGGAUGAGGUCGUCGUUGAGAUGUAA